AUGCCUCUUCCCAAGCGCCAGACGAUACCGGCGAAGGCAGAGAAGGCUAGUGCUCCGCCCAGCGACUCGAGAUUCGCAAACUUUGAAACCGACCCGAAGUUCCGACUCCCCUCGAAGAAGCACACCAAGACCAAGCUCGACACACGAUUCUCGCGGCUACGGAAUGACCCCGACUUCUACAACAAGGCCACUGUCGACAAGUAUGGUCGCAAGAUAUCCAAGGAGGCUGGCAAAAAGGCCAUCGACAGACUAUAUGCGGUAGAAGAUGAGGAUGAAGACGAAGACGAAGACGACGCCGAUGACAAAGAAGAGGAGCAGGAGUUGGAGCGGCCGACGGAGAAGAAGCGAGACAAGGCUGUCUUGAAGGAAUUGCAGAGGGUAGAGAUGCAAGGCUUUGAUCCAAUCAGAGAUGGAGGGCUAGAGUCUUCUUCAGACGAAAGCUCUAGCGACGAAGAGGAGGACGAUAUCGAGGAACAAGCAGAGCUUGCAGGCGAUGGCAAUGCAGUACCCACGGGAGACAUCUCAUCGCGCUUGGCUGCGGUGAACAUGGACUUCGAUAACAUACGCGCGACCGAUAUCAUGGCUGUAGCGAAUUCAUUCGUUCCGCCCGACGGGAGGAUACUCAACGUUGUCAUAUAUCCGAGCGAAUUUGGCAUGGAGCGGUUACAGCGGGAGGAGAUCGAAGGUCCACCGCGCGAGAUCUUCGCUUCGACGGCAAAUAAAAACAAGGACAACAUCACCACACUCAAUGAGUCUCCAGAUGUGUCAGGAUCUGAGGUUGAGGUUGAGGUUGAGGAUGAGAAUGAGAAUGAGGAUCAAAUAAAGUCGAAGCUACAGGGAGAUGACACGGGCGAAGAAUUCGAUUCAACCGCGUUGCGUAGCUAUCAGCUCGAUCGAUUGCGAUACUACUAUGCCGUCAUUACAUGCUCCUCAGCAAACGUGGCCAAGGCAAUCUACGACAACCUAGACGGACGAGAGUAUCUAACGAGCGCAAACUUUUUCGAUCUUCGGUUUGUUCCAGACGGUACCACGUUUGAUCAGGACGCCCACGAUGAGUGUAGGAAGCUACCGGACGGUUACAAGCCGAAUGAGUUCACCACAGGCGCGCUUACCCACUCGAAGGUCAAGUUAACCUGGGACGCCGACGAUGCGACUAGGCAAGAAGUGCAAAAACGCGCAUUCUCUCGCAAGGAGAUCGAUGAGAAUGAGCUGCAAGCAUAUCUAGGCACAGAUGAGUCCUCCUCGGAAGAUGAGGUCGAGGUUGCGAAAGCCGACAAGGCAGCCAACCUCCGUAAAGCCUUGGGUCUUGAGGCCUCAGGUAAAUCAACAAAGCCGAAGCAAAAAGCUUCAGCCAAGAGAGACCGCGACUUCCCUAAGCCAGAUGGCGAAAUGGAGAUUACUUUCACCGGCGGCUUGUUAAGUGAUGCAACAAAGGGCUCCGUGUUUGAGAACGAGAUCCCGAUUCAAGAGACAACUAUGGAGAAGUACGUCCGCAAGGAAAAGGAGAGAAAGUUAAGGCGUAAAGAGCGCGCGCAGGCCAGGAGAGAAGGUCGAGAUCCCGAUGCCACGAUUGUGGAGGCUGUGGAGACAGCACCAGAGUCUGACGAUGAUGAUCCUUUCAAUGAUCCUUUCUUUGGGGACGAUCCCAAAGAAGCCGCGAAGGCCUCCAAAGUCGAUUAUAAGGCGAAGAGAGCGAAGAAGCGGGAAGAAAAGGAGCAGCAGGAACAAGCAGCGGCAGCCGAGCGUGCCAACCUUGAACUACUCAUGGCGGACGACGACUCGAAGUUGCGCCACUUCAACAUGAACGAGAUUGUCAAAGCCGAGAAGGCCAAGAAGAAGGGAAAGAAGGCCAAGAAAGAUGUGCCUGUGGUUGAGGAUAACUUCAAGAUCAACACGGCUGAUCCCCGAUUUGCGAAGUUGUACGACAGCCAUGAGUUUGCUAUUGACCCAACGAACCCACGGUUCAAGGACACGGCAGCUAUGAAGGCGCUGCUUGAGGAGGGUCGCAGUAAACGGAAGCAGGGUAACGAUGAUGACGAUGAGCCUGGGCGUGGGCGUGGUGCUAAGAAAUCCAAGAAGGAUCAAAAUGCUGGUGAGGAUGAUGUUAAGAAGCUGGCGGCUCGUAUCAAGGCGAAGAGCAAGCUGAUGUAA